AUGAUCAAUCCUUUUACUUCGCGGGAGGUGAAUAUCUUGAAUAAUGUUCCCUUGAACAUCGACAAGAAGCAGGAAAUAUUGCAAAAGAGUAACGGCAAAGUUGGUGCGGUGCUUGAAGCGAUUGAGGAAAACCAGCGCAAUAAAGAAGAACAAAGUACUGCGUCAUCUAGGUCGUCACAAUCUGAACUUUCAGAUGUAGUGAAAUUAAAUUGUACUAAUGCGAAUAUUGAUGCAGCGCCUGGGACAAAAGUGCAUAAUAGCGCGACUCUAGAAAGUAAGUCAAUGGUAGCAUUGUUCAUUGGCGAUCUGGAUCCAACGGUAACUGAGGAUACGCUCAGACACAUAUUCGGAAAGUUCAAGUCACUUACCUCAGUGAAACUUUGUUUAGACUCUGUCACCAAGAGUUCCCUGGGUUAUGGAUACCUGAACUUCGCAGAUAAAGGAGAUGCGGAAAAGGCAACGGAAGAAUUUAAUUAUAGGCCUAUAAAGGGAAAGGAAGUUAGAAUCAUGCCAUCACUGAGGAAUUCAUUUUACCGCAAAAAUGUUGGUACAAACGUUUUCUUCUCCAACUUGCCACUGGAGGACUCCAAGCUGACAACUCGAGUCUUUUAUGACACAUUCAAAAAGUAUGGUAAAAUCCUCUCCUGUAAGUUGGACAAGAGAAAGGAUAUUGGGUUUAUCUACUUUGAUAACGAUCAAUCAGCAAGGAAGGUCAUAAGGGACUAUAAUGGACAGAAUUUCUUUGGAAACAGGAUUCUGUGCGGGAUUCAUUUCGAUAAGGAUUUUCGUAAAUAUCCUGAGUUUGAAAGAAGGAUCUCCAAACUAGAUUCGAUCACUCUUCGAAUGGAAGAGCUGACGACGGAAAGUUGUGAAAAAAUCGUCGAGCAUAACUCCGGAUCGCAAGUUCCUCAUCCAAAUGCGGUUUUCGUUAAGAACCUGCCAAUUGAUUGCACAAACGACGAAAUUUUGGAAUACUUCAGCAAAAUAGGACCAGUAAAAUCUGUUUUCUCUUCCAAGGCUCCGAAAUUCAACUCUCUAUGGGCUUUUGUAACCUAUAAGAAAGGAUCUGACACCCAGAAAGCAAUUCAGUACUUUAACGAUAAAACUUUUAGGAAUAAACGGCUCAAUGUUUCCAAAGCGGUAGCUAGAGAGGGAAGAAAUCACCAAACGUACAACUACAAGGGUUAUAAGACUACCAUUCAAAUUGACGAUGUAAGCCCAAUACUCAAUGAAGAAUUUUUAACUCAAAUGUGCAUGCAAGAGCGGAUAAAGGUUCAUAAACUGCAAAUGACUUCUUUUGAUGGGAAUGCUUUGACGUAUUCGGGAUACAUUAAGUGCAAGACUAAAACUGAUGCUGCGAGACUCUUCGAGUUAUUGAACAACCGGUUGAUAGGCGGAUCAGUCGUUAAAUGCUCAUGGAAGAGGUAUGAUGACAACACAACUUCUUCUGACGUAGGAUUCAAAGCACCGAGCUUUCCACAGGCUCAAGUUUUACCGUUCCCGCUAUGUCCUCCACUGUAUUAUCCUAUGAAAGAAGGUCCGCCCACCUACCUUCAGCAACAGAUGCCAGUGAAUCCAAAUGCGCACAUUUACAAUGAGCAGCAGCGAGCCCAGAUCUUGGAUUAUUUGAAGAGACAAGUUAGAAAAGGUAUUGACUUUCUACAAUAUCCCAGCGCAACAAAAGGUGAAAACCUUUCCUGCAUUACCGAUUAUAUCUUUGAUGUUUAUUGGAGGGGCGACAUCGAUAGUUUGACCAAAUUUAUGCUUCUCAUGAAUACCAACACCCAACAUGAAGGCAUUCUACAGAAGCAAAUUAAAGAGGCUGCAAAUUUUCUUGGGUUUGGCAGAUGA